AUGGAAGGCAAUUCUAGCGGAGGAACAGCAACAGGAGGAGGAGGAGGAGGGAGCGAUGUGGAGUUGGUGAGCAAGACGUUACAAGUGGAGCACAAGCUUUUCUAUUUCGAUCUCAAGGAGAAUCCUCGCGGGAGGUAUCUCAAGAUAUCUGAGAAGACGUCGGCUACGAGGUCAACCAUCAUCGUCCCUUCCUCAGGCAUCUCCUGGUUCCUCGAUCUCUUCAAUUACUACGUCAAUUCCGAGGAACACGAGCUUUUCAGCAAAGAGUUGCAGCUUGAUUCCAAGGUGUUUUACUUCGACAUCGGUGAUAACAGGAGGGGGAGGUUCUUGAAGGUGUCAGAAGCAUCUGUUAGUAGAAACCGAAGCACUAUUAUUGUUCCUGCUGGAAACUCCCCUGACGAAGGAUGGGCAGCUUUCAGGAACAUAUUGGCUGAGAUCCAUGAAGCAUCUGGGCUUUUCGUGAUGCCAAAUCAGAAACCUUCUGAUGGACAGGAACAUCUGGCUGGACUCUCAGAUGAUGUUGGAGCUGGAUUUAUACCUGGCCAUGGUAACCAACCAGCAUCUUCUUCCUCAGAGCUUACUGUGGAUCGAGCAACUGACUUGCCUGGUCAAGAUGAAGCUGGAUUGACCGGUGUUUCUAAGGUAAUCAGAGCUGACCAGAAACGGUUCUUCUUUGAUCUUGGGAACAACAACAGGGGCCAUUUCCUCAGGAUAUCCGAGGUGGCGGGUUCUGACAGGUCGUCGAUCAUUCUACCGUUAUCUGGUCUAAGGCAGUUUCAUGAAGUAAUUGGUCACUUUGUGGAGAUUACCAAAGAUAAGAUUGAUGGGAUGACAGGUGCAAAUGUCAGGACGAUUGAUCCUCCUCAUAGAUGA